AUGUCUGAUACUAGUCCAAAAGGAAUAUUACGUAAUAAGCCAGAAGGUUAUGUUGAGGAGACACAAUUCCCUGAUAAGUUAGAUCGUAAAGAAGUGAUUAAGAACACUAGGUUGAAUGCCCAAUUGGCAUCAGAAAGUUCUAAAGGUGAUGAAAUCAGAGCAAAGAUUGCUGAGAAGAAAAAGGAACAAGGGUUACAUUCAGCAGAACUACCUGAACAUUUGAAAUGGGAUGAAAUAAAUUUGUACAAAAAUGAACAAGAGAAGAGUGCUACUAUGAAAAUUGAUGAACCUAAAACACCAUACGAAGGAGGUUUUAACCCUGAAGGAGAGUAUUAUAGGGAGGAUGACGACAACGAAGGUAAUGGAAAUGGUGAAGUGGACGAUAUUCCUGCUUUUGAAUUAGGGGAAGGAGAAUUUGACAAAUUACCUCAUGAAACUCUGGGUUCUCUCCAUGGUAGUCGAGUGAUUAAAGAUACCAAUCACCAGGAGAAAGAACAGGAUGAAGAAGAUGAUUCUGGAGAAAAGGAAUUGACAGCAGAAGAGAAGCAUAGAAGGUUUGAAGAAAUGAGAAAGCAACAUUAUCAUAUGAAAGGGUUACCAUUGAGACAAAAAAUAGAAAUACCGGACGAAGACGAUGAAGAGUAG